GGAGGCGUCCCUCUCCUAAUCUUCUGAGGGUGUCAGAGUGUAUAAAAGACCUGUAACCCCUGCAGCGCUCCCAAUGAAAGCAGAGCGUUGCCAUCCACCCUUCCACAGAAGAGACAUACAUAAGAAACAGUGCAGCUGCACCCAGCCAACAGCCUGUCAAUCAACAAACCGCUCAACAUCACGGGGAGCGAAUACAAAGAAAAGCGACCAACAGCUGACCAAGAGCCAUGAAUCUUGAGCUGCCUAAACCGGAGAUCAAAUCGGCCACCCGUGUCACCGGUGGUCCUGCCACACCACGCAAAGGACCACCCAAGUUCAAGCAGAGGCAGACUCGCCAGUUCAAGAGCAAACCACCAAAGAAGGGUAUCCAAGGUUUCGGAGACGACAUCCCUGGCAUGGAAGGUUUAGGCACUGACAUCACUGUCAUCUGCCCCUGGGAGGCCUUCAACCAUCUGGAGCUUAAUGAGCUGGCUAAGUAUGGUAUCAUCUGAGCCCGUCACCUUCCCAUCGUCCUCUGGGCAAUUUAGACCCUUUCCUGUCAAGUUCUCCAAACCACCUGCCUCCAUCCUGGCUAUCGGCUCCAUGUGGACCGUUCCAACUUUUAUAACAGCAUAAACACCAAAAACAGCAACAUUUAUGAAAAUGGAAAAACCUAAGGAAAAUCAACAUCAUCAAAAGAAAAUUUAUCUGACUUUCUAUCCCUCCCGUUUCUUUUCUUUCUUGCAGUAUAAGAACACGUUCUGCUCAAGCUAUAGAACAGAAAAGUCUAUACGAUCCCGUCAGAUCACACUCUGUUUGCCUAGAAAAACUGCUUCUCUUCUCUUUGCUCUCUUCUUCUUUUUUACUCUCCCUCCCUGUUUUCUUCUGGAACACAAAACAUAGAGUGAGU